UAGUUUUAAUUCACGGAUAGCCAGGGGCACACUAAAACACUCCGACAUAAUUUACAAACAGAAUUUGUAUUUAGUGAGUCUGCCAGAUCAGAGGCAGUAGGGAUGGCCAGGGAUGUUAUCUUGAUAAGUUUGUGAAUUAGACAAAUUUCCUGUCCUUUUGGGUGUCAGUGACAAUCUAUCGAGUAAAAAGUACAUUAUUGUCUUUAGGAAUGUAGUGAAGUAAAAUUUGUAAAAAGUAUUCAUUUAAAGUACAGAUACCUCCCCCAAAAAACUUAAGUACUUUACACCACUGGAAAUUUGUCUUCAAUUAUGAGACACAUCCUAUGACAGAUCACUAUCAGUUUACAUAAUGGCUACAGCAUUCCUGCAAAUGGUCAAAUAUAUAGAUUGCUUGUUAUGUUAGCCUGAUUUAGGAUUUUAGCUACAGUUGUUUGUCCAACCCCUUGUCACACCUCAACCUUAACCUGGAUUUGUACUGUAUGACAUUGGAGAGGACAAGUGAGUCAUAGAUGGUGUCUAAAUUGGCAUUAACAAGCUGAUUAGUAACAGUAUUGUAGGCCUUAUAAACAUCAAUGCCUCAAUGUGGUAUUGGGAUGCAUUCAUUAACCGUUGGACCAGACAGUAACUGGGCCUGAAAUGUUCCCUGGUUCUGAAUAUGCACAUGAGAUCUGAGUGUGUUUGUGUUUAUCAGAGACUUUUGGUGUCUAGGCUUAUUAAUGUGAUGAUAGGUUACAGUUGUACUUGACUGAGAGAGCUAGGUUGUAGCUAUGUGGACGGUGUUGUGGUUCCGCCCUGCAACAAUGUCAACCCUAUUGUUGCUGCUAUUGCUGAGCAACUUAUGCAGGCUGGGACAGUCUAUGUCACGAGAGGAGAAGCUCAAGCUGAGGAACCAAGUGGUUGAGAUGUUUGACCAUGCUUAUUCCAAUUAUAUGGACCAUGCAUACCCGGCAGAUGAGUUGAUGCCUCUGACGUGUCGGGGGAGGGUGCGUGGGCAGGAGCCCAGUCGGGGAGACGUGGACGACGCACUGGGGAAGUUCUCUCUCACCCUCAUCGACACCUUGGACACUCUAGUGCUCUUAAAUAAGACGACAGAGUUUGAAGAAGCAGUGAGGAGAGUGUUGAGAGAUGUGCGACUGGACAAUGACAUCGUGGUGUCUGUUUUUGAGACCAACAUCCGUGUGCUGGGAGGGCUGCUAGGGGGCCACUCCAUGGCGGUGAUGCUGAAGGAUACAGGGUAUCACAUGCAGUGGUACCAGGAUGAGCUGCUCCACAUGGCCAAAGACGUGGGUCUCAGACUCCUGCCUGCCUUCAACACCAGCAGUGGCCUGCCUUACCCCAGGGUAAACUUGAAGCAUGGCCUUAGGAGUCCUGAGAGUCGGACGGGCACAGAGACGGACACCUGUACAGCUUGUGCUGGCACAAUUAUCCUGGAGUUCGCUGCCUUGAGUCGCUUCACUGGGGACCCUGUGUUUGAGGUCCAUGCACGGAGAGCCCUCGACUUCCUGUGGGAGAAGAGGCAGAGGAACAGCAACCUGGUGGGAACAACCAUCAACAUCCACUCAGGAGAGUGGGUCCGCAGGGACAGCGGAGUGGGAGCAGGGAUUGACUCGUAUUAUGAGUACCUGCUCAAGGCCUAUAUUCUCCUGGGAGAUGACCUGUUUCUGCAGCGCUUCAACAUUCACUAUGCGUCUAUAAUGAAGUACAUCAGCCAGCCUCCUCUCCUGCUGGACGUUCACAUCCACAAGCCUCUGCUGCCUGCUCGCACCUGGAUGGACUCCCUCCUGGCCUUCUUCCCCGGGCUGCAGGUGUUGAAGGGAGAUAUUCGGCCGGCCAUUGAGACCCAUGAGAUGCUCUAUCAAGUCACCAAGAAACACAACUUCCUCCCAGAGGCAUUCACCACUGAUUUCAGGGUACAUUGGGCUCAGCAUCCACUAAGACCUGAGUUUGCAGAGAGCACCUAUUUCCUGUACAAGGCUACCAAAGACCCCUACUACCUGGAGGUAGGCCGCACGGUGCUGGACAACCUGAACCGAUUUGCCCGGGUCCCCUGUGGCUUUGCUGCCAUGAAGGACGUUCGCACCGGGAGCCACGAGGACCGAAUGGACUCCUUCUUCUUGGCAGAGAUGUUCAAGUACCUGUUCCUGCUGUUUGCGGAAGAGGAAGAUCUGACGUUUAAUGUUGAGGAUUAUAUCUUCACCACUGAGGCACACCUUCUGCCCCUGUCCCUGUCCACUGCGCCUCACGCCCCCUCUCCCGCCAACGCCACGGUACAGGCUCCAUCUCUGCCUCAUCUCUCCGCCUAUGUCAAAUCUCUUUGGUCAGAGGAGGAGUUGGAUGACUCUAACUAUGAUUGGACCUGCCCCAACACACGUCUCCUUUUCCCCGACCCCGCCUUUCCACGGAACCUCCGAGAUCCAAUCAGGAGUGCUGUGGACAAGAGUUGUCCCCGUCCUGCCAUUCACCGUGAGCCGGGGAUGGGUCGCCCACCUCUGAGGGCUCAGGACUUCAUGGCCAACAACCCUGAUCACCUGGAGCUGCUGAGGAGGAUGGGAGUCAGCCUUAUACACCUUAAAGACGGCAGAGUGCAGCUGGUCCAACACGCUACACAGGCGGUCAGUGCUGUGGCAGCAGAGGACGGCAUGCGCUUCAUGCAGGAGAUGAUGGAGCUGUCCAGCCAGCAGCAGAAGGAGCAGCUCCCUCCGCGCGCUGUGCAGAUAGUCUCUCACCCCUUCUUCGGCAGAGUGGUGCUGACUUCUGGCCCAGCACAGUUUGGCACAGAUCUUUCCAAGAGCAUCACAGGGGUUCGUGGGUUUGUGACAGUGGCUGAACCAUACAGUGGCUGUGCGGAACUGAGCAACGCUGCCUUUGUACAGGGCCGCAUUGCUCUGCUGCAGCGAGGCCAAUGUAUGUUUGCUGAGAAGGCCAGACACAUCAUGAAGGCUGGGGCCAUCGGAGGCAUCGUCAUCGAUGACAACGAGGGUAGCAGCAGUGACACUGCUCCCCUCUUCCAGAUGGCCGGCGACGGCCGCAACACAGACGACGUCACUUUGCCCCUCCUCUUUCUCUUCUACAAGGAAGGCAAUAUCCUGUUGGAGGCUCUCAAGGAGUACAGGGAGGUGGAGGUGCUGCUGAGCGACAAGGCCAGAGACAGAGCCUCUAUAUUCAAAGGUGAACCUCUCCCUGGCAUCCUACUGGAAAGCAGGAGGGAUGUUCAGGAGGAGGAGGACGACUGUUCAACAGACCAAACUUCACCUAUCCCUGCCGCAACUCUCGACCAGUCACACGUGAGGACUGUGGAGCAGGAUGAAUCAGCUCCCCACAAUGAGGAAGUGACUCCUGAGGAAGAUGUGGGACCUGCCAUUAAGAGGAACCCUGAGCCAGAGGAGGAGCCUGAGGUUGACAAGGACUCUAGCAGAAAAUCAGUGGAAGCCAUGAUGGCUGAUUGGCGAGAAGCGUUUCAGCAGAUGGAGGAUGAGCUUUGACAACUUCCACAGUUCCCCCUCCUCCGGUCUGUCCCAGCCACUGUACAGGCCUGGGGUCAGUGGACUGUGCCUCAUAAAGAAUAAGGUUUUAGUGGGGCGAUGUUUUGAUAAGGAACGGUUACCAGGGUGGAAUACAGUGACUUCUUCUACAGCCCAGAUAUCUACUGUCUGGCAGUAUGAACCUCUGAUUAUUCACUAUUUUCUGGUUUUGUCUUAUUUUCACAUUGUCUUCCUCCAAAUGCUUUUCCAGGUCACUGACAUGUGGGAGCAGAUUCCAAAUGCUGGUUGAAUUAUAAUCCACUGGUUGAUUGGUUGAUUUAACUGUAAUGAUUAACUGAUAAGUUGUUGGAACAUUUACUAUUUUAUUUUGUGGGCCUAAUUUGUUAUUAUUAAGCUACCUGACUGUGGGACUGCAGUGGCAAGCAGUCUAUAAAAGGCUGAUGCUGAGAAUCACUUAGCACUGGCACUCUUCAGGAAGAGACAAAGUUUUAUGUGACUGUAAAUAUGUAUUUGUCAGUUAUUUCCACGAUGGUUUGAAAUACAGUGCUGCUUUGCUCAGGUUCUGGUCGGUAUGAGAGACACCAGGUACUGGCUACCCAAGAGGGCAGACAGUACCACCAGCUGACCAGCAGAGGGGAUCCUUGUUUGAGACAUCUUACUGGUCUGACUGGAGCUUGAUGACAUACUGGAAGACCAAGGAAACAAAAAAGCCAACAACAUAUGGAACUUCAAUUAAAUUGAUAAGGAAA